CUCUUCCCUCCGGUCAAAUCUCGUCUUCUUGUUUGGUCUCUGUUUUUCACGCCGGAGAGAGAGAGAGAGAGAGAGAAGUGAUAAAAAAGCUAGAAACUUUAGAAAACCCAAUAAUGGAUCCGAUCGAAUCUGUCGAGUACAAUGGCUUCGAGACCUCUAACGGUAACUCUCACGUCGACCAUGGUUGGAAAAAGGUCGUGUACCCGAAACGUAACCGGAAGACAAAACCGGCGGAUCAAGCCACAGCGGCGAACGGUGGCAAAACCGUUCAGAACGGAACCGGAGACAACGUGUUCCGUUCCCUUGAAGAGCAAGCUGAGGAUCGAAGACGACGGAUCCUAGCGGCGAAGAUGGCUGCUGUUGAUUCGGAUGAUGAUGGUGUUGUUAGAUCUAAACACCGAUCUAAUGGUUACGGCGAUGAUGGUAGUGAUGAUGAUGAUGAUGAGAUCGCUGCGGCGAGGAAUGAGAGUCUUAAGGUUGAGGAAACUAAAAAGAAGAAGCCUAAGAAGGAGAAGAAGCCUAAAGUGUCUUUGCCUGAAGCUGCAUCUAAGAUCGAUCCUUCAAAUCUCGAAGCUUUCCUUAUUGAAGCUACGGAAUCGUAUGCGACUCAACCUGAGAUUCAGCUAAUGAGAUUUGCUGAUUACUUUGGGAGAGCACUCUCUGGUGUUUCAUCUGUGCAGUUUCCAUCGGUGAAAAUGUUCAAGGAGUCUCCUUUGUCUAAGCUGAUCGAUGUUCCGUUAGUUCAUAUUCCGGAACCAGUUUACAAAACAUCAGUUGAUUGGAUCAACCAACGUCCAAUUGAGGCUCUUGGACACUUUGUGUUGUGGGCGUUUGAUUGUAUUCUCACAGAUUUGGCAGCUCAACAAGGUGGUGCCAAAGGUGGGAAGAAGGGUGCACAACAUGCUUCUUCCAAAUCUCAGGUUGCAAUAUUUGUUGCAUUAGCAAUGGUACUGCGUAGGAAACCUGAUGCUUUGACUAAUGUACUACCAACUUUGAGGGAGAAUGCUAAGUAUCAGGGACAGGACAAGCUUCCUGUUACAGUUUGGAUGAUGGCUCAGGCUUCCCAAGCUGAUCUAUCUGUAGGCUUGUAUUCAUGGGCGCACAACUUGUUACCUGUAGUUGUUAAUAAGAACUGCAACCCUCAGUCAAGGGAUCUCAUCCUGCAGUUGGUUGAGAAAAUGUUGACGAAUCCAAAGGCUAGGACCAUACUUGUUAAUGGAGCUGUUAGGAAAGGAGAGCGAUUGAUUCCUCCUCCUUCAUUUGAGAUGUUGAUGCGUCUUACAUUCCCUGCUUCAUCCGCAAGAGUAAAGGCUACAGAGAGGUUUGAGGCAAUAUAUCCCUUGCUGAAAGAAGUGGCUCUUGCUGGUGCACCAGGAAGCAAGGCAAUGAAACAAGUGACACAACAGAUAUUCACUUUUGCUCUGAAGCUAGCUGGAGAAGGAAACCCUGUUUUAGCCAAGGAAGCUACAGCAGUUGCUAUGUGGGCUGUGACAGAAAACGUUGAUUGCUGCAAGCACUGGGACAAUCUCUACAAGGAGAAUCUGGAAGCUAGUGUUGCUGUUCUUAAAAAGCUUGUAGAAGAAUGGAAAGAGCAUUCGCUCAAACUAUCAUCAUCACCGAGUGAUAAGCUCACUCUCAACAGAACUAUGAAGAGCUUCAGGCUAAAGAACGAGGAGGCCAUCACUGAGGGAGGAGCCAAUGAUGCUCUUUACAAAGAAGCUGACAAGUCCUGCAAAGUGAUAUCGGGAAAACUCUCCCGUGGAAGUAGCUGCCUCAAAGGAACAGCCAUUGCUGUUGUGAUUCUAGCUGCAGGAGCAGCUGGUGCAGCUGUUCUAUCCUCCAACCCGGAGGUUACAGCCGAGCUGAAGAACCUGGUGGAGUCAUUCGAGCUGCACGAAUACCUGAACAAAUAUACUGAGGUAUUCACCUCAGCUUUGAAGAAGUAAGAGAAGAGAAACACAAAAAUCUGAGGGACGAUAAGUAGAGAGAUAACUCUUACUAUAUCGUCGGUGUAGAGAAUUCACUUAAAGUUAAAAGCCUUUUUACACUCCCAAGAUACAAAAUUUUGAAGAUCUUGACCAGACUUUAGGGUUAAGGAGGUGUUGAAUAAUGAGGGUUUCCUUUUUUAUAGUCACAAAGCUGGGAUUUGGGAGUCUGUUCAAAGCUCGUAAGUUUGUAGAAGGUUGUUUUUAGACUGUUUAAUUUGUGUCUGAGAUAAUUUAUCUCUUCUUCUUUUUUCCCCCUGAUGACAAUAAAGUUAUUUCUGUUGAUUA